AUGUUCGAGGCAAAGGAGCAAGUGGACGUGCCCACUCAAGAUCUCCUCUCUUGGUAUUUCGACAAGCCCGCAUGCGACCCGGACAAGCCCAUCUAUAUUGACGCCCUCGACCCGUCCAAUAAUUACACACUCAACUCGGCCAAAUCGACAAUUCGGAAGCUCGCUGCAGGCUUCCGAAAGCAUGGCCUGCAAAAGGGCGAUGUGGUGUCCAUCCACAGCUUCAAUAACAUCCACUAUCCCAUCCUGGUGAACGGCAUCAACGCGUUUGGUGGCAUUUUCGCCGGCACCAACCCCUCUUACCAGCCUUACGAGCUCUCUCAUGCUAUUAAAGCGGGUCGGGUCAAGUUUCUCAUCGUAGAGCCCGAGAUUCUGAAGCAUGCUCUCAAGGCCGCCGAUGAAAACAAAAUCCCGCGCUCCAACAUUCUGAUCUUUGAUACAUUCAAGGACCAGAAGAUCCCCAAAGGCUUCAAAUCAUGGCGCACCCUCUUGGACCACGGUGAGCAAGACUGGGUACGGUUCGACGACCUGGAAACGGCAAAGAAUACCUCCGCUGGCCACAUGUUCUCCAGCGGGACGACUGGACUCCCAAAGGCCGCGUAUAUCAGUCACUACAACCUCAUCGCCCAGCAUGUGCUCAUCAACGACUGGAAGCCGAAGCCGUACGAGGAGAAGCGGAUCAUGUGCAUGCCCAUGUUCCACGUCGCCGUCGCACCAUGCACGCAUUGGUCUCCGUUGAAGAACGGGGUGGAAACGUACGUGAUGCGCCGCUUCGAGCUCGAGACCUGGCUUGCGACGAUCGAGAAGUACCGCAUUACUGACAUCGCAUCUGUUCCGCCGAUGAUCAUUUCCAUCAUCAUGUCGGACAAGACCAAAAAGUACGACCUGAGUUCAGUGAAGUUCGCCACGUGCGGAGCCGCUCCAUUGGACAAAGGUCCUCAAGCGAGAUUCCAGAGUCUACUUGACAACGCCAUCUUCACUCAAGUCUGGGGCAUGACCGAAACCACAUGCAUCGUGACAAACUUCCCUUACCCUGAAACCGACGAUACCGGAAGCGUAGGCCGAUCUCUGCCGGGCCUGGACAUGAAGUUGAUCGACGAUGAGGGCAAAGACAUCACCGAUUACGAUGUUCGGGGCGAGCUGUGCGUCCGAGGACCCACGGUCAUUGGAGGCUACCUCGACAAAGAUGCCACAGCCGCGAGCUGGGACAAAGAAGGCUUCUUCCACACGGGUGACGUGGCGUACUGCGCAAAAGAUUCGGGAAAGUGGUACAUUGUGGACCGCAAGAAGGAGCUGAUCAAAGUCCGAGGCUUUCAAGUGGCACCGCCGGAAUUGGAAAGUGUACUGCUGUCUCACCCACACAUUGUCGACGCCGCUGUGAUUGGUGUCAAGCCGUUCAAAGACGACGACUCGGAGUACCCUCGUGCGUAUGUUGUCCGCCGCGACUCGGCUGAGGGGAAGAAGUUGGAUUCGGAGACGGUGAAGAAGUUCAUGGCCGAACGCCUGGCGAAGUACAAAAGACUCGACGGCGGGGUUGCGUUCCUGGACGACAUUCCCAAGAACCCUAGUGGAAAGAUCCUCAAGAGAACGUUGCGAGAGUGGGCCGAGAAGGAAUUGAAGCAGGAGAAGCAAACAUCGAAGCUAUAG